GAAUUUGCGUUGAGGUUGAAUCGACAACUGCAACGCACACAGGCGAAGUGUGGCGAGCACGUACUACAAGUCUACAACCGACCAAGAGCAUGGUCAAAGUUCUGACCUGGAAUGUAGCUGCACUGAGACCUCUUCCUCCAAAGCUUCCUGGCGGGAGUCUUGCCAGCUUCUUUAAAGCUCAAAAGGCCGACAUUGUUUGCCUACAAGAGACCAAGAUUGCAGAUUACUCAAAGCUUACCAAGGAGCUUGCUGUUGUAGAUGGCUAUGAGAGCUUCUUCAGCUUCAGCGGAAAGGGAUAUGCUGGGAUUGCUACUUUUGCUCGACGCGGAUCUGUAAAGUGGUGGACCGACAACCCAUUCAAUGUCGAGAUUGGCAGUGUCAAACAGAAGGCUUCAAAAACACAGGUGCUUGAGGAUCCUGAUACAGCAGUAGACACGUCCAUCGGUCGCUGUGUUUUGACUGAUCACGAAAGCUUCCUGUUGCUCAACAUCUAUGCUCCAAAUGCCGGGCGUGGACCUGAAUAUCUUGCGCGCAAGUUCACCUUCUACAGCAAACUAGAGCAGUGCGUUGCAAAGUGGCAAGCAGCAGGACGUUGCGUUAUUGUGACGGGAGAUAUCAACACCGCUCAUUCUGAGCUUGACAUUUACAAUCCAGAGCGGUUUGCCGAGACGACAGGGUUCAUGCCUGAAGAACGUCAGUGGAUCACAGAUUUUUUGAAGAAGCAGAACAUGAGUGAUGCCUUUCGGCGUCUACAUCCUGACAAGCGGAAGUACUCAUUCUGGGAUCAAAAGCGCGACAUGAGGCCAGGAAAUUAUGGCUGGCGGAUCGAUGCCUUCUACUGCUCAGAUAAGCUCUUUGACACCGCUGAGAAGGACGUUGUCGAGAGCGAUAUCCUCAAUGAUGUCAGGGGAUCUGAUCACUGCCCAAUAACACUCUCGUUGCCGCAUAUACAGCUCUCGAGCGAGCUCAAAUGCAAAGACGCCAGCAGCAAUAGACCGGAGGUGAAUCAAAGACGCAUCGAUGGCUUCUUCUCGAAAAGCGUCAAAGGUCAGGGUGCGAAAACUGCUGCGAAGCGCGAGGCAACGACAGACGACGAGAAUGAGGAUAAGAAACGACUCAAAUCAUAGCUACACUGUUUUUUUAGCAGUCAAGUGUAAUGAGGCCUUUGCAUCGUCUUGCAACAGCUGAGAACGUCGAACA